GAGGAUACAAGCCACUUACAAGUUCACAUGAUCCCUGGUUCUGUCAUUCUGCAAACUCUCUACGUCCUCCUUGUAGGCUGCACAGAAAGAUGGAGCACCCAGAAAACUCCACAUCCAAGCGUCUCUUCCCAGAAACAGAGGCCACGGGACAGUCCCAAACGGACAAGAGCGACGCGUACUUAUAUAUUUUAAUAGUAAUGUCUUUCUACGGAGUUUUCCUCUGUGGUAUAAUGCUGGGCUACUUCCGCUCCAAGAGGCGCGAGAAACGGAGGUUCAACGUGUUCACGCGCCUGGUGCACGAGGAGGAGCAGCGGGAGUGGGGCGCGCUGCCGAAGAGGCACAGCCUCACCUUUCCCGCCCCCGUGUCGGGACUGUGCGCGGUGCAGGUGUCCCUGCCGUUCUGCGGUAACCAUGGCAACCACUACGAACUCUACCGCAAAGACAGCGCGCUGAUGUCGCCGCUGGCGUGCGUGCUGUGCACGGAGCAGAGCAGCGUCAGCUCCCUGUGCUCCUCCGCGGACGCGCGCCUCGCCAUCGAGGAGGAAGAGUCGGACAGCGUCACGGCGGAGGGACCCGAGGAGAACCCGAAGGGAAGCAAGGAGAGCAGCGGCGACGACUCGGCCUGACCCCCGCCCACAUCAGCUGUGAGCCUCCGCAUCCUGGAGAGGAGAAAUAGUUACCACGAGCUCAGACCAGGAGCUUCUCGGGCGUUUUCUGUCACGGAACCCCCAAACUGACAUCCAUUCGGACUUCCAUGUGAUAAAAUUCAGUCCCAGGAUCCCCGGGGUGUCAAAUCACCAAAGACUGACUGGCGAUUGCUCUAUAUCUUCAUUUGCCAACAGACCUUCCAAACCUCGCCUUAUUUCUUAGAUCAAGUAAAUUAAAGUUGAGCCAUGAUUGAUAGUAUUAUUCGGUCAGUGUUGUGGCUACAUUGUUACAUAUAUUGGACAACUGUCUUUUCAGAGUAAACACUGUCUCUUACCUCUUUUCCACCAGGGCUGGUUCGGAGCCGGUGCCUGACUUAGCACCAGCAUCUGAGUGCUCACCUUGGAAUGGCAUUACUAGUUUAGAUAGGCUAUGGUUUGGACAAACCAUGCACCCAAUUUUAAUAAUGAAACUACAACAGACAUUUUUUUUUUUCAAUCUCUUUUGGACUGAAGUGCCACACAUUGCCAUAUCCAAUAAUUGUUUGUGGUCAUGGCAUGGACUCAAAAUGGACCCCAAAUGAUACAACAUGUUUGUCAUUUGUUUAGUAUUUAUAGCUGUGUACACUAUAUGGGGAGUGAAUAAUGGCGAGAGUGAUGGUUACAGUGGUCAUUUGUAGAUAUUCUCGGGUUGAAAUGACUCAAAGUGAAUGAAACUUAAGAAAUUACAGUAUUAGUGGUUUUACUGGGGACACCAUGUCCCUUAGAAUCCUCUGAAGGACCCUUGGGAACCCCCCUGGCCUCAUCUUGACCACCACUACUCCGGGCUGGUGACUGCCCAUCAGUCUGGGAGGGACAGUGGAAGACUUCCUUUGCUAUUGGACUCCAACUGAACUUGACCACUCUUGCCGUUUGGCCUUGAGUUUUGAAAUGUACCUGGAACCCACUUGAAAGAUCGUCUAGGCUUGUUUGUCUGCAACUAAACCUUAUUUGUUGUAGCUUCAUGAUCUACACACUACGCACUGCUCAUACACAGGCAAUGUAGGUUUACUUGAUAAUGGAAAUGCACUGUACAUAUUUGUUAUUUUUCACUCUAGGUCUUUAAGGCUUAAUUUAAGACAAG